AUGUCGUCUGGCAAGGUGGGCGCGUACGGGGCGAAUUCCAAGUCCGACACCAACUUCCGACGAACAUGGGACCAGAAGGAGUACGAAGACAAGGCGCGGGAGAAGGACAAAGAGGCUCAUGAAGCUGCUCUGGCUGCCGAGGAAGCUGCCAAGAAGGGCAAGCGACCACCUCGGAAGAAGGAAGACCUCCCGAAAGCGACCGAAUUCAUGAAGGCGCGCGACAUCCCGCUAAACCUCGACAAGAACCUGAACAAGACGAUCGUGAUCGACGCGAGUGCUGGGUCGGGCCAGAAGCAGCCGGGAUUCUAUUGCGACGUGUGCAAGCGGACGUGCAAGGAUAGCGCGCGGUAUCUGGAUCACAUCAACGGUCGGAGUCACUUGCGACGACUCGGCCAGACGACCAAGGUCGUGAGCUCAACCCUGAACGACGUCCGCCAAAAGAUCGCCGAGCUACGCGCCAAAUCCGCCGCCGCCGCGCAAGCAAAACAAUACGACUUUGAGCAGCGGAUCAAGGAUAUCAAGGCUGCUGAGGCUGCGAGUAAAGCCGAGCAGCGGGAGGCGAAGAAGAGGAAGAAGGAGGAGGAGAGGCAGAAGGCGGAGGAGGAGAGGACGGCGGGCGCGGAUGAGGAUAUGAUGGCGGCGAUGGGAUUUGGGUCGUUUGGCGGAGGAGCGAAACGGUGA